AUGAACGACUGGCAUUCGCAACCGCGUGCUCUCGCCCCGUCAUACACGCCAUCCGACUCUACCGAAGGCCCGGCCUUUGCCUCCCCGCUGGGUAGCGCCAACUGGGGCCACGAUGAAUUCUCGCACGACCCGGGAUUCCUAGCUUCACAGGAGGAGCUGCGGUGUAUGCUCUUUAAUAUCGCACAUUCUGCUGCUCCGACUCGAGCCCCCACGCCGGAUGAACACACACAAGAUGUCGAGCAGGCACAGAAAAGGGGCGGCGCACCAAUGCGCCCGGUGUUGUCGCACCCGCGCCGAGUCGAGUACUUGAAGAAUUACGUGGGGCAGGUGGCUCCAUGGCUGGAUAUGUUCGAUUCGCAGUGCACGUUCCGAGUGCAGAUUCCCGCACUCGCUCGGUCGUUCCCCGCGCUGCUCAACGCGAUCCUUGCUAUAUCUGCCCGGCAAAUGGAGCGAAAGGAGGGCACUCAGGACUCCUUUGACAGCCUCGAGUUCUACCAAGAGGCGAUUCGCUUGCUGAGCCCGCUUCUUCAGGUCCGCGACCCCAAGGUUGUCGCCGCCUGUGUACUGCUCUGUUGCCUCGAGAUGAUGUCCGCGCGGGCGCAAGAUUGGCGGCGUCAUUUAGAGGGGUGUACGGCACUCUUCGAUGCUUUUGAAAUCCACGGGUUUAGUAGCGGUCUGCUACAAGCCGUGUUCUGGUGCUACGUGCGCAUGGAUUUAUGUGGUGCUUUAAUCUCCGACGGGACACAGAGCACCCUUCUGCGUCCGAGUAAAUGGCUUUCGCCUGGUUGCUCCGAAGACGAUGCGGCCCGGCUCUUCUAUGCCGCCCAGUCUCCUAACAUGCACGCCAAUUACGCCGUAUACCUUUGCGCCAAAGCAUGCGAGCUGGUGUCCGACCGGACGCAGUUUGUGGAACUCGGUGUUCGAAAUGAGUGUAAGGGCGACACUUUUCAACGCCGCUGGUUUCGACUUUGGAAUGAUUUGCAGAAAUGGUUAGAAAACCGCCCGCCAGAGCUGUUGCCCGUACACACGACUGCGACAAAGCCAUUUCCACAUAUCCUUUUCUUGCACUGGGCCGCUAUAUCGUCCAACCAGCUCUACCACACAGCAAGUAUCUUGUUGCUGAACAUGAUGCCCAAGACCGUCAAGCUUCCCCCGGGGCCCGCCGUCUCGGCCCUUUGGCAUGCAAGGCGUAUUUGUGGCAUCUCGUUGGCUAAUCCUCAUCACGGGUGCUUGAACAACGCUAUCCAGCCGUUGUGGAUUGCUGGGCGCCUUUUUAGCCAUAUCUCGGAGCACAAAAUCAUUGUCGAUGUGAUUCGCAACAUCGAAGCCAAGACUGGAUGGGGUGCUUGCUGGCGCAUUCGGGACCUGGAGCUUGCUUGGGGGUAUCAAGUACCACGGCCAGAGCAGGCCGGUCCAGGACGGGUAUCUGCAACAGUUUGA